GAAAAGGUUGGGGACAACGAUUCUGUAAUCAUUAUGACACAUGAACCAAAUUGGCUUCUUGAUUGGUAUUGGAAUGAUGUGACCGGGAACAACAUCACAUACCUGAUACGUGACCAUUUAAAGGGCAGGUGCAAACUUCGAAUGGCUGGGGAUUUGCAUAAUUAUAUGCGCCAUUCAUUUGUUCCUUCAGAUAAGCCAGUUUAUGUGCAACAUUUGCUUGUUAAUGGUUGUGGUGGGGCUUUUUUGCAUCCUACCCAUGCCUUUAGGAAUUUCAACAAAUUGUAUGGGACUUCCUAUGAAAGCAAGGCUUCGUAUCCUUCUUUUGAAGAUUCGAGCAGGAUUGCUCUAGGAAAUAUUUUGAAGUUCCGAAAGAAAAAUUGGCAAUUUGAUUUCAUUGGUGGCAUUAUAUACUUUGUGUUGACCUUUUCCAUGUUCCCACAGUGUGAGCUAGGCCAUAUUUUACAGGAUGAUACAUUUUCUGGUCACCUAAGGAGCUUCUUUAGCACAGUGUGGGAUGCUUUUAUGUACAUGCUAGGACAUUCACAUGUAUCUUCAGCAAGUGCUCUGUUAUUGUUAAUAGCUGCUAUCAUGUUUGUACCCUCCAAAGUAUCUCGGAAAAGAAGGGCAAUAAUUGGGAUUCUUCAUGUUGCUGCCCAUCUGUCUGCGGCAUUAAUUCUCAUGCUGCUGUUGGAAUUGGGAGUUGAGACAUGUAUUCGGCAUAAAUUAUUGGCAACUUCAGGUUAUCACACUUUAUAUGAAUGGUAUCGAUCAGUGGAGAGUGAGCAUUUUCCUGACCCAACAGGCCUCCGGGCUCGUAUAGAACAAUGGACAUUUGGCCUCUAUCCAGCAUGUAUUAAGUAUCUGAUGUCUGCAUUUGACGUUCCAGAGGUCAUGGCUGUCACAAGGAAUAAUAUUUGCAAGAAAAAUAUGGAUUCACUCUCCCGUGGGGGUGAUGUGAUAUAUUAUGCUUCUGUGUUCCUUUAUUUCUGGGUCUUUUCAACUCCAGUGGUUUCUUUGAUCUUUGGAAGCUACCUGUACAUUUGUAUUAACUGGCUUCACAUACACUUUGAUGAAGCCUUUUCCUCACUCCGUAUUGCUAAUUACAAGGCAUUUACACGUUUCCAUAUCCUCCACAAUGGCGAUCUUGAAGUUUUCACCCUCGCAGUUGAUAAGGUUCCUAAGGAAUGGAAGCUGGAUCCUAAUUGGGAUGGGGAACCAAAACAACCAGUGCAGCUGAGCCACCUGAGAAAGUUUCCUAGCAAAUGGAGAGCAACUUCCUCUCAGCAGGACCCAGGUAGCACUGUACGGAUUGUUGACCAAUUUGUCAUUAGACAAACCGACCAGGAAGCAGUGAAUGGGCAGUAACUUGCUGACAUCUGAUUUGAUAUUUGUAAACAUAUGUAAUUUGUAGUCUUUAGGAAUCAAUUGAAGAAAGGGGAAAGAAAAAGGUUAAAGGUUUAGAAUGUACUCUUGUAUGAAUCAAACCAAAUCGGAUGGGAAAAAUAGAAGACAUAAAAACACUUGUUGCAGUUUAAUAUAAUAUUGUGGAAUGGAAUGAGUAACUCCCCUCAAACUGGCAUGGAUCAGCAAUAAUAUGUACA